CGGAAGGUCAAAGGUUGAUUUAGCAUGUAUUUGCACACAGCAAAAAUACCCGUCUAUCAGUGAAAACAUUGAACUUUAUCUUCAAAUUGUGCAAUAGUCGUUAUCCCCAACACAUACACUCAACUGAGAGUUAAUGAACGACCGCGACAUCGCUGCUGUAGGAAACAAAAACCCUGAAGAGCACUCAGUACUACUGGACUGCUGCGGAGGACUCAACAACCUCGACUACUCAAAGAUGGACCUGACGCUCAUGCAAGAGCUCAUGAAAUGUAUAAACCUUCGUGAUUCCAACUUUUGUAUAGCUGUGCUUGCCAUCUUUUUCAACCCUCUCUUCUGGAAUGUGGUGGCGAGAUGGGAACAUCGUACACGGAGACUCUCCAGGCUCUUUGGUAGCGCCUACCUGGCUUGUUACUGUCUGGGUUUCGUCAUCAUAUUGCUCAACGUGUAUCGCAGCCACAGUAUGACAGUGGUGAUGAAAUCCCAGGCCAGGUGGGACGUGUUGGAGAGGACUGAAGUUUUCUACGCUGGUGCAGCUCUCAUAGUGCUGGGCACUGUGCUGGUGGUGAGCAGCUUCCUGGCGCUGGGAUUCACUGGAACAUUCCUUGGUGAUUACUUUGGAAUCCUAAUGGAUGACAAGGUGACGGGCUUUCCCUUCAACAUCACGGAUAACCCGAUGUACUGGGGUAGCACGGCUAACUACCUGGGCCUAGCACUCAUUGGUGCCAGUCCUGUUGGUCUUGUCCUGACUGCUUUUGUAGCCGUGGUCUACAGUGUUGCAAUAACAUUUGAGGGACCAUUCACUGAACAGAUCUAUGCGGAGAGGAUUCAUCACAGCAAGCAUGAAUAAAACUCUACCUACCAGAUACUACUUACGGUUGGGUCAAGUAUCCCCCUCUCUGUCAAGAGAUACAGCAGACUAAACAACAGACAAACCUGUCAUCCCAACAUUGGUCGUUAUUCUACGUCCAGUCUGGAUUCAGAGGCUGCAGUUACAACACAGUAACCCAUUUAAUAGCUAUUGGCCCUAUUAGCUUUGUGGAGCCAAAUUUUUAUGUAAUUCUCAAGUGACAUCCUUUACUGUUAUUCUUACUGUUGAGAAAAAUCUGAAUAGAGUUGAUGAAAACUUCUAAUCUAACUAUGUGCAAGGAAGGAUUAAGACUAUUUCAAAAACGUCUUAAAAGCGAUAUAGAAGAAGAAGAUAUACUUUAUUAAUCCUGCGAGGGAACCCUCCAGUUCCCAUUCCAAGUCCCUACAGAAACCAUCAUCAUCUUCAAAUCUUAAAUAUUAUUUCUCCAUAACUGGGAUAGUAUGUAUUAAGCCAAUGAAAAAUGUUGCUUCUCAUGGUUUUACAGAAAGUAUUCAGUCUUUCCAUAGUAGGAGCUGCACAUGUGAACCCAUUAUCAUGAUUUGAUUGAUUUUAGAGACACCAUUAAGUCACGUCAAUAACACACUAUACACAAUAUCAGCACAUUUCAAAUCAUUAACAGGAAGGGACUGAAGUCAUUGAUGGUCAUCAACAUCUCUGUUUAACAAGUGGAACUGCACACUGUGAUAAAAUCCUGCCAUGAUGAGGUUUAAAGGAUGUUGAUGACAACAUUUUAUAUUUUUAUCUAGAAAACCUCAAACUAGGAAUACAUGAAUGAAAAUACUGUGCUGGGUUUUUAUACACUAAACAAAAAAUGAAAAUGAGUUCAGCUCAGCACUUCUGCAAAGAGAAAAAUAGUAGUGCAGGUGUUCAACUUUAUAAGCAACAACCUUCAACACUUCCACUGUUGUUGUAACCAGUAUUCCAUAUAAUGUCUCAGGAGGACACGUUAGUUUAAAGGACACAUAUUAUUCUCAUCUUUAUCCAGUUUAAUAAGUCUCUGAGCUCCCAUAACAUGUCUGGGAAGUGUCUUGUUAUAAAUCCACUCUGAUUCUGUUUUUGAUCAUGUCUAUAAACCCCUCUAUUUCAGCCCUGCUCAGAACAGACUGUUUCUGUGUCUGUAUCUUUAAAUAUGUAAAUGAGCUGUGUUUGACCACGUGUCUCUCUAGAGAAAGGAGAUGUGGCUCGGGCUUUCCUGCCCAAUUGUUUGCGGUGAGAAGGCAGACUCAGAGGGCAGAACAAACACCUAGCUGUGGGAGUGUCACCCACCUGGGGGAGGGUUGCUUCCCUUUGUGAUGACACAAAUGGAAAAUGUCCAAACUGCCUGUUUGAGCACACAUUUUCUGAAAAGCGGAGCAGGCAAAAGAUAGAGAGGAAGAACUUUUCCUGUAAUUGGGGGGGUUUGUAGAUAAAAUGGAAAAGUGUAUUUUACGUAAUGUGACCUUUAAAGGUUUGAUUGUGAAUCCAUUAAAUUAUCAGUAGAGCUUUACUUUAAAAAAAAAAGCAUGUACUGUCUUAUUUGGACCAUGCAAACCAUUCCUUACUUCACAACACACAAUGCCUGUGUUGUGAUCUGAACCUCUGUGUUGAUCAGACAUUUUCAUAAACAAUGGUGAGUAAGACAUCUCUUUGUCUGUGUAUAAACAAAGCCAUAAUAUACUAAUUAUUCUGUUUCACAGUAACACAAUCAUGUUUUAGUCAAUUCUGAUAAAUUAUUAUUUAAAAAAAGUAACUCAUGUUGCAUCAGUUAUGAAAUAUAAGAUGUUCUUUACUUCAUGAAUGAUGCCCUGCCAGACUCUUAAAUGAGAAUUCUCUCUUUUGGUAAAUGGCAACAAUAGCACUAGAAUGAAUAAGUACAGUGCUUGUUAUGUGAAAUAAAAAAAACAAAUUCAGAA